GCGGUCAAGCUUAUUGGGGCGAGGGUCGCGACGAGGACGCCACGGACCACGAGCUGGACGAGGAGGACGCGAAGGACUUUGACACCAGCAUCUUCGAUGAGGAGGAAGCCGCUUUGUGGAAUGAGAACCAGGAGGAGAUUGAGUCAGCGCACGCGGUGCUGAGGGAGGCCAGGCGUACAUUGCGCUCAGCCCGAGAGAAACAGCACCAAGUCAAGAUGUCGCGGAAAUAUUUCCGCCCUUCCGGAGGAAGCCACGACGGCCCACCUCGAGAUGAUUCCAAGAUGACGUGCCUACGGUGUGGAAAAGUGGGCCACAGGGCAAGGAAUUGCCCACAGAAGCCUAAGGAGGGAUCCUCUGGGAGUGGUGGGAAGGAGAUGGCGCCUUUUGUGUGCUAUGUGGAAGGCCUCGAGGAGGCAAUGACCGUGGGGCCCCCAAGCGGACCCACCACACAAGAGGCGGUCGCCAAUGGUUGCUGCGUCAUCGACGGGGGAGUCCCCCCGAAGGUUAUGGUUGAGGGUCAGGACAGGAAGUCAGUGCGUGCGGUGGAAAUGGUCCUGAAGAAGAACAUGGCAAAGCAUGGGACUGAUCGGGUCCACUAUGUGGAUGUGAAUGACAAGCCAACCUGUGGUUUCGGCAACUCCUCCGAAGGGCAGUGCAUAUCGACACUGCACCUCGGGAUCACCGCCGACGAGAAGCCGGGCAGCCUGGUCAUUCAUGCACUCGAUGAAGGUGAAGGACCUAUUCUGUUUUCCAUCGAUGCUUUGCGAAAGUUAGAUGCCAUAGUGGAUUUUAAACAGGACUUAGUUGUGUUUCGAGCCCUCGAUCCAAGCAAGAUUAUACCGCUCCAGCGUUCCCAAACGGGACACCAGCUCAUGGAUUUGACAGCAGACAUCUUUGCAGCAGCACGGCAGGCUGAACGGCCU